AAUUUAGUAAUUAUUUGGUUAAACAUGGGCAUAUCGAUUUCCUCUUCUUCCUUGUUUCCCCUAAUUUUAUUGCAAAACCCUAACUGAUAAAUUCCACCGAAAUUGAAUUCGGUCAUCUUGUUUUGUAUGAAAUUGACGUUACAGUUAUUCUCAUCUCUUGUUGUAUGAACCUGAAUUUACAAUUGUGAAUGUGCUGUGACUGAAAAGCUUUGGAUUUGAAUUUUGAAAAGAUGGAUGCACAUUCGUCUCACUUGACGGCACCACUCCGAUCGCGUAGCUCACAGACUCCGUCACCGUCACACUCGGCCUCCGCCUCCGCAACCUCUUCAAUCCAUAAACGGAAGCUUAGCGCUGCGGAAGACCACGCACCUCCUUUCCCUUCGUCCUUCUCCGAUACUCGCGAUGGCGCGCUUACCUCCAAUGACGAUCUCGAGAGCAUCAGUGCCCGUGGUGGCGCUGAUUCCGACGAUUCUGAAGAAUUUGAGGACGUCGUUGAUGAUGACGAGGAAGAAUACGAUGAUUCUUCGAUGAGGAACUUCACUGCCACCCGUUUGGAGAAUAAUGUGGGGCCCACCGGGCGAAACACGAAGCUGAAGACGGAGAACACUGUGAAGGUUGAGCCUUCAGAAGUAGGGAAAGACGGUGGUCCUGGAGCGGCUGGAUCAGCAGCUGCCUCAACUCCAGCUGCCGUUCCUGGGAUUGUGGUUAAGGAGGACACAGUCAAAAGUAUAUUUACGGAGAAUUUGCAGACCAGCGGAGCUUAUUGCGCUAGAGAAGAGAGUUUAAAAAAAGAGGAGGAAGCUGGAAAACUCAAGUUUGUUUGUGUAUCAAAUGACAAUAUUGAUGAACAUAUGAUUUGGUUAAUUGGACUGAAGAAUAUAUUUGCAAGGCAACUACCUAACAUGCCUAAGGAAUACAUUGUUCGUCUUGUGAUGGAUAGAGGCCACAAAUCUGUAAUGGUUAUCAGGCGCAAUACAGUUGUUGGUGGCAUUACAUAUCGCCCUUAUGUCAGCCAAAAGUUUGGGGAGAUAGCUUUUUGUGCAAUCACAUCAGAUGAACAAGUAAAGGGUUAUGGUACAAGACUGAUGAAUCAUCUAAAGCAACAUGCUCGAGAUAUGGAUGGGCUUACUCAUUUUCUCACAUAUGCAGACAACAAUGCUGUUGGUUAUUUUAAUAAACAGGGGUUCACAAAAGAUAUUUUUUUGGAGAAAGAAAGGUGGCAUGGGUAUAUAAAAGAUUAUGAUGGAGGGAUACUUAUGGAAUGUAAAAUUGAUCCAAAGCUUCCAUACACUGAUUUAUCAACCAUGAUUCAUCAUCAGAGGCAGGCGAUUGAUGAGAAAAUUAGAGAGCUCUCAAAUUGUCACAUUGUCUACCCUGGUAUUGAUUUCCAAAAGAAAGAAGCGGGAGUUCCAAAAAGGAUAUUUAAACUUGAAGAUAUUCUUGGUUUGAGGGAAGCUGGGUGGACACCUGAUCAGUGGGGACAUUCUCGUUUCAAAAUUGUGAAUGCUUCUCCAGAUGGCACCUCAAAUCAAAAGUUGACCGGUUUCAUGCGUUCCAUUCUAAAGGCAAUGCAUGACCAUGUUGACUCAUGGCCUUUUAAGGAGCCUGUUGAUGUUCGCGAUGUUCCAGAUUAUUAUGACAUCAUCAGAGACCCAAUGGAUCUUAAAACGAUGACGAGGCGGGUGGAGUCGGAACAGUAUUAUGUAACGCUUGAGAUGUUUCUUGCUGAUGCAAGGAGGAUGUUUGCCAAUGCGAGAACAUAUAAUUCCCCUGAAACGAUUUACUUCAAAUGUUCCACCAGGCUAGAAGCGUUCUUCUCGAGUAGAGUUCAAUCGGGUUUGCAAUCGUUUGUGAAAAUUCAACAAUAAGAAAUGGGAACCGGUACAGAUACAAUGUUGUUUAGUUGUUAUGUUUAUGUUAUCUUGCAAUUUAAUUGCUUCAAAAUGGUCCAGUCAGACUGGACAGGCAUAAAAAAUCGGCUUUGGACCGGACCGGUUUUUUAAUAAACUGGGUUUUGUUGGAA